ACAAACAAACAAACAAAAAAACCCACAACAAUCAAACGCCAUGGCACCUAAAAAGAGGGCCUCACGUCAGAAGAAGGCUGCGGUGGAAAACAUGGCUCAGGUGGGCGUGGAGCCUGCACCCGCCUCUCUGAAGGUGGAGAGCCGCGGGGACGGCGUGGUCGUGGUGGAGAGCGGGGUGAAGAAGAUCGAGCAGAUGGCGGCGCUGGACAUCGUGCAGCUGAACAGCCUCAACCUGCCCCUGCCGCCGCCCGUCAUCAAGCCCGGCGAGAGAGGCCUGGGCCUGGGCAGCGAGCUGACCCGGCCCCUGCACGGCAACGCCCUGCUGGAGGAGCUGAGCAAGAUGCGUCAGGAGAGGUUCCUGACUGACUUGGAGCUGGCCUGCAAGACCAAGGCCUUUGACGUCCACAAGCUGGUCAUCUCGUCUGUCAGUCAGUACUUCAGGGAGAUCCUGGCCAAGGACCCUGGGAUGAAGCGCCUUGAGCUGCCAUCCCUCUCCCCUCUGGGUCUGGCCAACGUGAUCACCUUCGCCUACCUGGGUCGCGUCCACAUGUCCCUCUACACCAUCGGCUGCACCGUCUCCGCCGCCGCCACCCUGCAGAUCCCGCAGCUCCUCAAGAUGUGCAUGGACUUCCUGCUGGCCGAGCUCAACGUGCAGACCUGCGUCUACAUCUGGAACAUCGCCGCCGCCUACGGCCUGCUGCCCGUGCGUGACGCCGCCCGCCGCUUCGUCUUGGACAACUUCAUGCAGUUCUCGGAGACGCCGCUGUUCACCCAGCUGACCCUGGAGCAGAUCACCGCCUUCCUGCAGGACGACGCGCUGAUGCUGCCCUCUGAGGUCACCACCUUCCAGCUGGCCAUGAAGUGGCUCGAUUUCGAGCCCACCCGUCAGGCUCACGCCGCAGAGCUCCUGUCCCACGUGCGCUUUGAGACCAUCCCUGCCAGCGAGCUGGUGAGCCAGAUUCAGCCCGUGGCCCGCAUGAUGCUGGACCCUCAGUGUCACCGCUUGCUGGUCGACGCCAUGAAUUACCACCUGCUGCCCUACCAGCAGAACACCCUGCAGUCCCGCCGCACGCAGGUCCGAGCCGGGCAGCAGACCCUGCUCACUAUCGGCGGGCGCCCCUCCAUCACUGAGCGCGCCCUGAGCCGAGAGGUGCUGUGGAGAGACCCCCGUGAGGGCGGAGCCACCUGGCGCCACCUGUCCCAGCUGCCCGCCAAGAGCUUCAACCAGUGUGUGGCUGUGAUGGACGGCUUCCUGUACGUGGCAGGAGGAGAGGACCAGAACGACGCCCGCAACCAAGCCAAGCACGCGGUCAGCACCCUCAGCAGAUAUGAUCCUCGCUUCAACACCUGGCUCCACCUGGCCAGCAUGCGCCAGCGCCGCACCCACUUCUCCCUGGCUGCCACCGGCGGCCGCCUCUUCGCCAUCGGCGGUCGCAACGUGGAGGGCCUGCUGGCCACCACCGAGAGCUACCUGCCCUCCUCCAACACCUGGCAGAUGCGUGCGCCCAUGGAGGUGCCCCGCUGCUGCCACUCCAGCGCCACCCUGCCCUCCGGAGACAUCCUGGUGACCGGCGGCUACAUCAACUGCGCCUACUCCCGCUCGGUGGCGUGCUACAACGUGGAGACCGACUCCUGGAGCGAGAAGGCCCCGCUGGAGACGCCCCGCGGCUGGCACUGCUCCGCCACCGUCGGAGGGAAGGUGUACGUGGUGGGAGGAAGCCAGCUGGGACCGGGCGGCGAGCGUGUGGAUGUGCUCUCCGUGGAGGUGUUCUCACCGGAGAGCGGAGUGUGGAGCCGCGCCGCCCCUCUCCCCCUGGGCGUCAGCACCGCCGGCCUGUCGCCGCUGGCCGAGAAGCUCUACCUGCUGGGAGGCUGGAACGAGGCGGAGAAGCGGUACAAGUCGGCCGUCCAGAAGUACGACCCCGCCACAGAUAGCUGGUCCAUGGCAGAGGAGCUGCCCGAGCCCACGGUGGGGGUGUCCUGCUGCACCCUGACCCUCCCACCUCGCCACGCACCCCGCCGGCCGCAGCACCGCAACACCCCGGCCCACGAAGAGCCGGCCCAGCCUGGGAAGAACAGGAGCAGAGAGAGCAGCGUGACCCCACUGCAGACCACCACAGCCUAGAGAGAGAGGGACGGAGAGAGAGUAGACGUGAGGAGGGAUGGAAACAUCAGGAGAACAUCUGGAUUAUGUCUGCUCUGUUUUCUGCAUCUUACAUCCACUGAAAGUGCAAAACAUGCCUAUAGAAGUGUAGACUACAUUUCUGGGGACAAGGUGAAGCAUUCAACAAUGGCAAACAAGAUAUUAUUAUUAAAUUAUGAGCUAAAUUAUUAGACGCAUGGGAGCAAACUGAUAGAUUCACACAGAUUAGAAAGAGCAGGGCCAUGCCCAGAUUUCUGCAGGCAG